UGGAACUGCUCUACAAAGAGUGUAAAGGAGCCAGUUUGUUAAAAUGAAGGUACAUGGUGCUGCUGUAAUCCUGGGCAUGGUGAUUCUACAUGUGGCGGACACUCAGGAUGGCCACUGGCCUGUCCACACUGUGUGCAACUCAAAUAAGAUCAGCAUCAAAUACAGGAGCUGUGAUCCUCUACAGGAUAUAGGCUUCACCCUCCUGAGCUCUUGUUCUCAGAUAUGGACAAAGGCAAUUACAAUUAAACUGACUCUCCCUCUGAGGAAAUCCAUUGAUGAGUUUUACAUCGCCGUUGAUUUAACGUUUCUUGGAGACUUCAUCUUCCAUUAUGACGAGUCGCUCUGCCUGCCCAACUUUCCUCGCUUCACCUUCUGCGGCAGCAAGAAAGGAGAAAUGAUCAGGGUGGUGACGUCUCUGUCUACACUGAAGAUCCCCCUGAAGGGUAUUUACAAUUUGAUGGUAUACGGAAUAAACCAAGAUGGCUUCCAAAUUGCUUGUGUGAAUGCCACUCUUGAGUUUCACUGAUCAGAAUAUCUAGAGAAAAAUAGAGAAUGCUUUAAAACCACACAGAAUAAUGCCAGUAAAGGAAUUGAUCUGUAUUGGGUGUGUAAAGGAUGCUAUUUGUGAAACUCCUGCUGUUUAGGAUGUUGCUGUGAAUGUAUCAGUAUGUGUGCUUUCAGUGUGAUGUGAUUCACAACUCUGAAAUUAUUGUCUAAAUGACGCUUCUCGAAUUAGGAACACACAGUCAUAAUCAAACGUUUGAUCAUCCGACCGGUCAUAUUACAUGUACUGUAGAUUUUCUAAGUGAGAAUAAGUUAACAUACCCUUUACAGAGAAAACACUUAUAUAGGACAAUUUCUGCUCAUUUUACUGCACAACUUCUAUUUAUUUGUUGAG